AUGAGUAUCUCCGAGCUGAUUUCCGAGUUGCGAGACUCAUUCCUUCAGAGAGAUUUCGAUAGAGUUGAAGAAGCCCUAAUUGCUAGGGAAACAAGAUUAAAGGCGGAAAUUGAAGAUAAGAAGAGAGAAAUACGGUUGUUGAAUGAAGAAAUUGAUUUUCAAAGGAUAGAAAAAAUGUCGGCUGAAUUGGAACUCAAGAGGCUGAAGGAACUUAUAGAUGGAGGAGACAUUGCAUGUGCUGUUCCUCAUACGGGAAAUGUUGGGGCCAGUACUGUUGCUCAAAUAGGAAAUGUUGGGGAUAGUAUUGUUGCUUCAGAAACCUUAAUGGUCAGGGAAGCGACAUUGAAAUCAGCAAUUGAAGAGAAGGUGGGGGAAAUAGAACAAAUUUAUAAAUUCAAGAAUUGGGGAAUGCUGAAUUUUGAGGUUGAGGUACAACUAAUCAGAGGUGAAAAGCGUGGAGAGGAGUUCAGGAAGGUUGGGGAGAAUGACAAGGUUUUGAAAGCUGUAGUGGGGAAAGAAAAAUGCAAAUUUGGGGUUCAUGAUUGGAAGGCUUGCCCUGAUGGUGAGCAAGACAAAAAAGACUGUCCAAAUGCUUCUGAAACCCUAAUGGUCAGGGAAGCGACGUUGAAGUCAGCAAUUGAAGAGAAGGUUGGGGAAAUAGAACAAAAUGAUCAAUUCAAGAAUUGGGGAAAGCUCAAUUUUGAGAUUGACGUACAAAUAAUAAGAGAUGAAAAGCGUGGAGAGGAGUUCAGGAAGGUUGGGGAGAAUAGCAAGGUUGAGAAAGGUGUAGUGGGGCAAGAAAAACGCAAAUUUGGGGUUCAUGAUGGGAAUGCUUGCCCUUUUGGUGAACAUGGCAAAAAAGACGGUCCAAAUGCUUCUGGUAAUGUUAUUGACCUAGUAGAAGAGUCUCUGGAUGUCAAGGAAGCAACAACGACAGCAACAAUUGAAGAUAAAAUGAAGGAAAUUAGAUUGCUGCAUGAGAAGUUGGCCAAGAAAGAAAAAUGUGCUACUGCAGAAGUCAAAGAUGAAAAGGUCGAUGUUAUGGCCGAGAAGAAAAGGUUAGGCGGUGAACCAAGCACAAAUGCCGGGCUAGGUGGUUCUUCAGGUAAUUGGUGGACAAAUUCUUCAAGAGUAGUUUCGAAAAACUUUACAACAAAAGUGGCCGAACCUGCAGGAGUUAUCAAAAGAGAUUUUGCUUCGCCUGGUGGGUAUGUUGAAAAUGUCUUGGAUGGCUUAGAAUCUGAUAGUUCCUCAUCUAGCUCUAGUUCAUCGUCUGGGGAGUUUGAUAUUUCCUCUUUCACAUCCCUUAAGAGAACUAAGCUGAGCUAA